AUGGCCCGUGAUCGUCUUGCUGCCAUCCGCGUAAGUAUUGGACCAUUGCGAAUUUUCGAGCUGGCUCAGCUCCCUGCGAACCCCUGUCGAGGCUGUCGUUGUCGGCUUGAAGGGCCUUCAAGUCAUUCCUUUUCGACUCACGGUCGCACUCAUCCCGCAAAAGUCGUCUCUUUUCAGGCUCAACAAGCGGCGACAGACUCACAACAGCAGCACCAGCAGAAUCAUUCGUACCCACAACAGCCGCAGCAGCAACAGCUCUACGGCGAGUACGGCCGCCCGUCCGCCGAAGAUAAGUAUGGGCGUCCCAACAUGCAUCGGCCGCCGUAUGAGUCGAGAAACGCAUCCUACGAUGAUCCCGGCCAGUACCAGAGCAAUCCGCCCUACUCGAGGUCGCGCUCAAAUUCUAGCCAUGGAGGUUCCGCCACCCGACCGAGGCCAAGUAACCCGCCUCCGGUGUCGAUAGCGCCAUCGAGCAACCACAUGGUUCCCAGCUAUCAAGAGCCGCCACGCGACUUCAAUCCGUACGAGCCCCAGGCCUAUUCCCCGAUCCAGGCCCCUUCUGGUCAACAACCGAAAGCACAGAAAUCGCAGUACACCCCUUUGGACCCCGUCAGAACGCGCCAACGCAGCAUAUCCGAGGGCAAACUCAACCCCGAUCAGCGUCGAGCAGUGGAGCAAUUCUCGAUGCCGCCGCCGCCCGUACCGGGCCAGAAUUACAACUCGGAUAAGACAAGAGGGUAUCCAAAUCCGCCACCUGAGAUGAGGCCCGCACCUUCUUAUCAAAGCUUUGCGACCGAGUACGAUGACUACAAGGGCAGCUCGGCAAACCUCGUCUCGAGCAAAUCUCGAGCCGAAGAGUCGUAUGAGAUGCAGAAGCCUCGCAGCAACAGUAACGACUCAAACUGCGGACGUCCCUCGAAAAAGAAAAAGACUGUCAAGCGAGGCGAUGUCGAAUUUGAAGAGAUGGGGCAGUUCUUCGCUGAGGUACGUGGCUCUAACGUGGCUGCCCCGUCUCGAGAGCGCAUGAAAGCAGUCGCUGACGACUCACGUGUACGCUGCACUGCUGCAGGUUUCGGAUCUGCAAGAAAGUCUUCGAGAGGCCAAUGGGUUGGUUCAGCAGAUUGCAGGGGUCCAUGCUCGAAUCUUGGCGCUCCCAUCGACCGAAGACCCACAAUCUGUCGCGCUGAACCAAGAGCUGAACGCCCUCACAACGUCGUCUCGGAAGCUGUACAACUCGCUCAAGAACCGCAUCCUGGCGCUCGAUCAAGGCAAUGCCGGGCUCCGAGCCCUCGUACCGGCAGCCCAGUCGAUGUACAAUCUCACCAUGGCCGAUGUGGAUGUCCGGAACACUCAGGUGUCUGCUCUCAAAGAGCGCUUCAAGAGCGCGGUCCAGCGCUACGCCGAAGUCGAACGAGACAACCGAAACAAGAAUAGGUCGCGCAUGGAGCGUCAAGUCAUGAUCGUCAACCCAGGUCUGUCGGCCCAGGAGGUCAACGAAGUGGUCCGACAAGCCGAGGAAGAGGGCUCGAACGCCGUGUUCUCCCAGGCGUUGCAGCAGUCCGAUGGUCGAAGGGGCUAUGCUGCUCGAGGAGCUCUUCGCGAGGUCGAGACCCGCGCCGCUGCGCUGGCUCGGAUCGAAUCUACGCUCGUUCAGCUCGCGCAGCUCUUCUCCGAUAUGGCCAUCCUGGUCGAGGAGCAAGAUGUGCAGAUCGUCGCCAUUGAAGCCAAGGCCGCCGAGGCGACGCAUGACAUGGAGAAGGGUCUGCAGCAAACACAAAAGGCCGUCAAGUCGGCGAGGAAUGCUCGGAAGUGGCGCUGGAUCUGCUUCAUCAUCAUCCUCAUCAUCCUCAUAGUUGUAGCCGUCGUCGUCGUGAUCGAGGUCGUGCUGCCCAUGAUCAAGAAGAACAACGAGGCCAAGGCGAAUGCGCCUGCCCCGACCACCGCUCCAGCGACGUCGACGCCCACCGCCCGUUUCGCUGCGGCCGCCGCCAUCCCUGCUUCGCCAACGGCUUCGGCCAGCACCAGUGCUCCGACGUCAACACCAGCUAGACGGUGA